AUGGGGAAAUAUGGCACAUCAUGCCCGCUCCAUUCUGCAAUGGAGCUCCAGUACUUCUGCCUCCCGUGCGACCAGGCCAUCUGCAAUGAAUGUGUUGCCGGGGAUCAUCUUGGGCACCCCUAUGAAGAUGUUAUAAAGAUGGCCAAUAUGAAGCUCGACGACAUCAAUCUGCUGUACGAGGCGGUGAUGGCCAAGAGGAAGACGUUCGAUGAUCGAUCACAGCACGUCGACAAGGCGAUGCAAGCCCUGUCGUCCGACCUCGAAGUUGCCAAGGAGACUGUCGAAAAUAAUGCCAAGAAAAUCCAUGCAAUCGUCGACGAGGAGCUGAUGCUGGCCUUGCGCGAACUCGAAACAUCCUAUACCGAUCGAAAGAAAGAGAUCUCGCGCGUCGCUAGAGGGACGUUCCACCUUAUCGAUCGCAUAGACCAAACGCUCGAAUUUUGCCGGCGCUAUUUCGCCCAAAAUCCUCCCAUCGACGUCCUGGUUUUCAAACAGUUAAUUGACACCCGCUUGCGCCUUUUCUUGAUCUUCAACCCUGACCUGCUCAAUGUGCUGGACGAGCCCAUUCAUGCCGAGAUACCGCAGCUGGACUCGCAGUCGAUCCGCCACUUCAUCCGUGAGAACUUUGCACUGAGACGCAAGCCGGACGCGCAACUGCACCAGAACAUCUACAUGGGUGCCUCUAUGGGUGGAUCCAUUGGCUGGCCAGUGAACGGAAGCGUGCCCCCAACACCAAUCGGCCAUUUCCCGUCGAAUUACCGUGGUCCAAUGGUCAUGCCAUAUCAUGGUUAUCCCAACGGUGCUGCACAGCAGGGUUUCACAUUCCCUCCGCUCCACAGCCGCAGCAAGCAGUUCAAGGCUGUUAAUCAGGAUUCGCUGGAAGCUGCUGCCUCGCCUCCGAUUUACGAGUCCGAUUCGCAGGAGCAGCUGAUCUCGUCGUCUUUCCUCGUGCCCUACACUGACACCGGCCUGUCUAUGCAAUGGCCGACACCACUCGAGUCAAGCUUGGCUACUAUCGAGGGCGACGAUACGGUGUACGUGGAUAAGGAUUGCUCGGCGCCGUACAUCCGACCACGUUCCGGAAUGAAGCGUGGCAAGAUGAUCUACCACUGCAAGUUCGGAGAAUUCGGUGUGAUGGAAGGGCAGUUCGCGGAGCCGUCGGGUGUUGCGGUCAACGCCCAGAACGACAUCAUCGUCGCCGACACCAACAACCAUCGCAUCCAGGUCUUCGACGAGGAGGGCCGAUUCAAGUUCCAGUUCGGAGAGUGUGGCAAGCGAGAUGGGCAGCUGCUCUAUCCCAACCGUGUCGCGGUCAACAAACGUACCGGAGAUUUCGUGGUUACCGAGCGCUCGCCCAUUCAUCAGAUCCAGGUCUACAACCAAUAUGGCCAAUUCCUGCGCAAAUUCGGCGCCAACAUUCUGCAGUACCCGCGUGGCGUCUGCGUGGACUCGGGCGAUCGGAUCAUCGUCGUCGAGUGCAAGGUGAUGCGCGUGCUGAUCUUCGACAUGAGCGGGCAGGUGCUGGGCAAGUUCAGCUGCUCCAACCACCUCGAGUUCCCGAACGGCGUCUGCACCAAUGAUAAGGAAAUCCUCAUCUCGGACAACCGCGCUCAUUGCAUCAAGGUCUUCGGAUACGACGGCGCUUUCCUGCGAACCAUCGGCGGUGAAGGCGUGACCAACUACCCGAUCGGCGUCGGCAUCACCCCUAAUGGAGAAAUUGUCGUCGCGGACAACCACAACAAUUUCAACCUGACCGUCUUCAGCCCGGAGGGUAUUCUGAUCGGCGCCCUGGAGAGCAAGGUGAAGCAUGCCCAGUGCUUCGACGUCGCGUUACGCGACGACAACUCGGUGGCGCUGGCCUCGAAGGACUACCGCCUCUACUUGUAUCGCUUCUCCAUCGGCCAGGGAACAGGACUGUCAAGCUUCGACACCACGCAG